AUGCAGAUCGAUCCGGCGGCUUUGAGCCGCAGUGACUCUGCCUCAAACACAAUCAAGGGUUCCGUGCCCAACGGCUCAGCAUCAUCUAAGACCUCCAGAGCUUUGAUAUCAGUACCGCGGCUGGAGCUGGAGCCUGCCUACACGGACCUGAAGGCCGCCAUCGGAGACAAGUGGGCCGAUUACAAGGAGUCUACGGCUCUCUUUUUAUUAGGACAUUACAACCAGAACGAAUACGCGUCGCGAGUAGACCCUUUCUUAUGCGCCGAUCCCAAAAAUGAACAUCUUCAUAACAAUUUCGUUUGCGCGCUCAUCGGAAACCUUACGCGAGACCUCCCCGAUCAUGGCGUCGCAACCUGGGUAUCGGCCAACGAUAAACCAUCAGCGGUCACGAAACCUAUUUCCGGAGAUGCUGCGGAGCAAAGAUUGAAGACCGAGGUUAUGAAAUUGCCUCCGAGGGACCGCCGGCGCAUAAAAGGAAUCCCAGAGCGAGAUCCCAACGAGACGAUACUCACGGAGCUAGAAGAAUGCCACCUAGCCAAGCAAAUCAAAUUACCUAGCCAAGUUCCCGCAAGUGCAGGGGGGCUGAACAAAACUAACUGGGAACUGGAAAUCCGCAAACGUUAUGCCCAACCCCUUGCCGCAGAAACCGGCGAAUUCCCCGAUGCUGAAUCAAUCCAUGCCCGCAUGGUCCCUAUAUGUUACGAAGAGUCUCUGCCCAGCGGUGCUGGGCUCCCUUGCGCAGAAUUCAUGGCGAUUGCGACGGAAACAUUCGUCAAGGAGGUGUUGUCCGCAGUAUUCUCACGCACGCGGUCAAAUGGACCGUCAGGUACUAUCAACAACAUGAUGAUGCGCAAAUAUCGUCACCAGCUCGAGGUCGAAGAGCUUGCCUACACACGUGGUGAAAUCGUGAAAGACGCCGCAACGGGUUUAUUACCCGUUGAAGCGAGAGAGGCUAGCACCCGAAGGCCAUUGGGUGUCAGGGAUCUCCGCCUAACCUUGGAGCUGGGCGGCGGUGUUCUCGGCCAUAUGCCAUUGAUUGCGGACCAGAUCAUGGGCGGGUACUACGAAGAUGAGCUCGAAACACCAAGACAAGAUCGCUUGGAGAAUGGCGUUGGUGGAUCACACCAGGACAUCAAACAGGACGAAGAUGAGAUGGACCUGGAUGACGAUGACGGCUCUCUGCCCGACUGGGAAGGAGGCACCCUUGCUGACCGAGAUCAGUUGAGCGGAUUGCUUGACGAGUGUCUAUCCAUGGCUGCGUGA